AGAAUAAUCAGCCUGGAUUGAUCUCAGCUUUCAUAAAACAAUCACAGUUCAUUCAUUCAUUGAUUCAUCACGUUGCUCUUUCACCAGCUCAACUUUAACGUUAAAGAGGAACCUGAUUGACGAUCGGCCCAAAACAUGCUGUUGUGUUCAAUGUCCCCUCCAGAAGGCUGCCAGGAUGAGAUGGACCCCCCACGUUUUACUUUCAAUCCAAAGGAAGGGAUCGACAACCCGGCUCUGGUGGUCGGAGAUGAUCCCGAGCCUCAGGGCCUCGGGCCACGCCUGUGCCACCUGAAGCGGCUGGAGGGCCAGACCUUUGGCUUCGUACUGUGGUCGGUCCAGGGCGGCCGGGUGGACUGGGACCUGGAGGACUGGGGCCUGGGGGACCGGGGCCUUGGGGACCGGGGCCUUGGGGACCGGGGCCUGGAGGUCCGGGAUGUGGAGCCGUGGAGCCCCGCGCAGCGCGGAGGUCUCCGGGACCAGGACCGGGUCCUGGAGGUCAACGAGGAGUUUGUGCACAACGUGGACCUCCGCAGGGUGGUGAGGAGGAUCCAGUCUUGUGGGCUCCACCUGGUCCUGCUGGUGUUGAGGCGGGACCAGUAUGAAGAGGUCGUGUCGAUGGGUCUGGACCUGCAGGCGCUGGCCAGGUCCUCCAAAGGGGCCGGCUGGUCGAGACCCAGGCUGUGUCACGUGGGCAGACACCCGGAGCUCGGCCUGGGGAUGACCGUCGCCCCGCUGCAAGGUCCGAGGGGCCGGUUCACCGUGGACACGGUGGCCGGCGGCGCGGCGGAGGAAGCCGGCGUCCUGUCGGGAGACCGCCUGAUCUGGAUCGACGGGGUCCCGGCGUCCGCGCUGACGCAGUCCACCCUCAACAGAACCGUGAAGCGGGGCGUGGCCUCGGUGACGGUGCUGGUCAUCGACGGUGAGGGCGAGUCCUGCAGCGCCAGGAGGAGGACGCCCGUCCUGCCCGCGGCGGCGCAGUGCCGCGGCCUGCCGCACGCGGCCAGGACCAUGCGCCUGGUCAAAGGUCGCGACGGGUACGGCUUCCUGCUGAGGCAGGAGAAGCUGGCCGCCUCGAAGAGGACAGUGCACGUGCUCCGGGAGGUGGAUGAAGGGAGUCCAGCGGAGGCCAUGGGGAUGCGGGACGGGGACCUGCUGCUGGCCGUCAACGGGGCUCCUGUGGAGGCUCUGGAGCACGACCACAUCGUGCAGGAGAUCCGGCGCAGCGGAGACCGGGUCUCGCUCACCUCCAUGUCGAUGUCCGGGAGAGACUUCUACCGACAGUUGGAUAUUUCUCCCCUGUUGUUCCACGAGGAGCGGGACCCGGAUGAGAGGAACCAGAACCAGAACCAGGGGGAACCCCCUGAGACGGACAGGUCCGGGAUCAGUCAGGAACUUUAACCUCUUUUUAAGGUAUAAUAUUCAUGGCAUCAUCUAAACUGAACUUUGUAUUUGUUUUGUGUCACUUUACACAUAAAAGACUAAAUAAAUAAAUGAUAUGUCCAAUAGCAAAUCCCCAUGUGAAGAGUUCCCGUCUGUCUCUGGGAUUAUGACCUCAUUGUGACUCAAUAACUUCAUCACGUUGUAUGAUUUGUGUUUUCCAGCCGAAGAGGAGUUCGAUGCUUUGAAACAAAGUUGUGCUAUUUCUUUGAUUUAUUUUAAAUCGUGUGUGUGUGUGUGUG